AGGGAAGGGGAGGGACGGGAAGGGAAGGGAAGAGAAGAGAAGGGCGGCUUGGUGGGUGGGUGCAGCGGCCGCCGACGGAGCCGGGCGGGGCCCCCGCCGCGCCGCCAGCGCCGCCAUGGAGGACGACAUGCCCAAGACCCUGUAUGUGGGAAACCUGUCCAGAGACGUGACAGAGGCACUCAUUCUCCAGCUGUUCAGCCAGAUCGGCCCAUGCAAGAACUGCAAGAUGAUUAUGGAUGUAAGGACGGCCGGCAACGACCCGUACUGUUUCGUGGAGUUCUACGAGCAUCGCCACGCGGCCGCGGCCCUGGCCGCCAUGAACGGUCGGAAGAUCAUGGGGAAGGAAGUCAAAGUGAACUGGGCCACGACCCCCAGCAGUCAGAAGAAAGAUACAAGCAGUAGUACCGUUGUCAGCACACUGCGUUCACAAGACCAUUUCCACGUCUUCGUCGGCGAUCUCAGUCCGGAAAUCACAACCGAAGACAUAAAAGCUGCCUUCGCACCGUUCGGAAGGAUAUCGGACGCACGUGUGGUGAAAGAUAUGGCAACGGGGAAAUCUAAAGGAUAUGGUUUUGUCUCCUUCUUCAACAAAUGGGAUGCCGAAAACGCCAUUCAGCAGAUGGGCGGGCAGUGGCUCGGCGGACGGCAAAUCAGAACCAACUGGGCGACGCGAAAACCUCCGGCUCCCAAGAGUAACUUCGAAGCAAACACCAAACAGCUGUCCUACGACGACGUCGUCAAUCAGUCCAGUCCGAGCAACUGCACUGUAUACUGCGGUGGGGUCACUUCGGGGUUGACAGAACAACUGAUGCGCCAGACUUUCUCCCCGUUUGGUCAGAUCCUGGAGAUCCGAGUGUUUCCAGAUAAAGGAUACUCAUUUGUACGGUUCAAUUCCCACGAGAGCGCCGCCCACGCCAUCGUCUCGGUGAACGCCACCACCGUCGAGGGCCACGUCGUCAAGUGCUACUGGGGUAAAGAGACUCCGGAUCUGUCCAGUCCGGUCCCCCAGCAGAGUCAGAUCGGCUACCCGCAGGCGUACGGGCAGUGGGGCCAGUGGUAUGGCAACGCCCAGCAGAUCGGCCAGUACGUGCCCAACGGCUGGCAGGUCCCCGCCUACGGGAUGUACGGACAGGCUUGGAACCAGCAGGGAUUCAAACGCCGUCUUCAGCGCCGUGGAUGGGUACAAAUUACGGAGUCCAACCACCUCAAGGGCAGAACGGGAGCAUGUUAACCAACCAGACUGGAUAUCGCAUGGCCGGUUACGAAACCCAGUGAGAGAAAAGGACUCUGCGAUCUUUGAACACCAGUAGCUCGAGGCUGCGGGAGGAGUGUUGGAAAGCCUUUUGUUUACUUAAAAGAAAAAAAAAGAUUUAUCAAAUCAAGUCAGUGCAAAUGUCAGAUACAAUGUAUUUAUUUAAAAGAAAGUUCAUUUUUUUAAUCAUGAAAUUUCGCGCACCCACGGUGUUUUUUUUUCCACAGAACGAGAAGCCGGGUGCCUGCCAAUUUUUGCCUUCUUUUCCUCUUUUGAUAUGUAAUGUUUCUCAGAUCCUUGUUCAAAACACAACAAAUGCAGGGAUGGUUGUGCCCCCUUUUUUAAAAAAAAUUAGGAGGCAGAAAAUUGCACAACGUCGAACUUUUUUUUUUUCCACUGAAGUAGCGUGCAGUUCUAGUUCGCAUUCCUGAUAUGAUUUAAGGCGUGUAAUAUAAAAGUUGUACAAAAAAGCCAAAACUGCCCAGCCCGGGGGCCACUGGGAGCCUCCAGAUUGUGCGUGAUUCCGUGGUUUUUUGUUUUUUUUUUUAAAAAAAAGGCAUUGUCUGAGCUGUCCAUCUUCACUCUUGUCCCAUCGGGGUUUUUUUUUUUUACUCUAAAUUAUUAGUUUACAUCGUUUUGUAUCUCUCCAUUUUUCAAAAAUUUGUCUUGCCUUACUUAAAUUAUUGUUCAAUGGGGAAAAAAAACAGAAACGCGCUCGACACUGAAGUCGCAAAACUUUCUCAGAUGGAUUUAACCGUUGCAUCCGUUUGGCGUUUUAUAUGAGAAGGUGCCUAGAGAAAUCCCUGUUGGAUUUGUUUUAGAGGAUUUUUAUCUUCUGUGAUGAACUUUGCUGUGUAUCAGGAAGUAUAAACACCCUGUUACAAAAAAAAAAGACUGAAAUGUGAUCAAUUCCUAGGAACCAGCCUGUUUGUUUCAUCUUGUCUACUUCUACAUCGACAUGUAUUUCGUUAUCAUGUAAAAAAAAAAAAUCUUAGCAAAGUAAUAUUUUGCACAGU